UCAGCUGCCAAACCCUGCCACUCGUGUGUGUGGACUGCAGUGUGGAUGUUCAGUGGUAUCAAGCGCAGCAGCCCUGCCGACGUGUCAUUUCAACAACACACUGUGGCUGUUAUCAUACAGUACUAAUAGUAGGUCGUCGACGAUGCCGUCGGACACGACGACCCGCAAUCCAAUCACACAUCGUCUGCGGAAGAUACUCGCAACGUCGUUCACAGACCCAGCCGCGGUAGAAGCACUCCAGACACUCUCUCAGCUGUACAGCCCACCCCAACCAGACAGUGCAGUCAACACUGCCGACAACGAUGGCGACGACUCCAGUGACUCGGAUGAAGACACGGAACAGCAGCACCCGCAGGACGAUGUCAUUGACGAGACAGCUGCACGCGCGAGGAAGAAUCUGCAACGUGAUCUCGAGAACAAACUCGCCGGGGAAAGCGUGCAUUUCUUGCAUGCGUUCGGAGAGGUCAAUCAAAAACUAGAUGACUUGGAGCAACUCGUUGCUGAGAUGCGUGUGUACUGCGACGAAGCAGAGGCGCAGCUCAAAUUAACAGAAGAAGCAAGCCGUUCAUUGCUAGAACACGCCGAGAGUCUGCAGCAAGAGAGACAUCAAGUAGAGACGCGCAAAUCCAUCGUCACACUCUUCCUUGACCGCUUCACCCUUACUGACGACGAAAUCGAGGCCCUCACCUCUCGGGAUGUCCCUGUUGGACCCCGAUUCUUCCUCGCUAUGGACAAGACAGUGCGUAUUCGCGUUGAUUGCAGGGUCCUCAUGUCCGGGGAGGAUGGUCCCACCAAGGCAGGAAUGGACAUCAUGUCGACGACGGCAUCUUACCUCGAACAAGGGUACGACAAAAUUUAUCGAUGGUGUACGUUCGAAUUCCGCAGGCUGAGUUCAGAGAACCAUCUCGAAGUCAGUCCUACGAUGCUCGAGUCCGUAAGACGUCUUUCUCAAAGACCAGAGCUCCUUUCAGAAGCUCUUACGGUCCUCUCCCAAACAAAACAGAACGCUCUUCUCAACCUCUUCCUAAACGCGCUCACACGUGGGGGGCCCUCUGGUCUCCCGCGUCCCAUAGAGUUCCAUGCGCACGAUCCUAUCCGAUAUAUCGGCGACAUGCUCGCAUGGGUCCACCAAGCCAUCGCAGCCGAAUGCGAGUUUUUCGAAAGUCUCUUCGGGUUAUCGGGGCGCGCGAAGCGGAUGGUGGGUGAGGUGCGAGUGGCUGGUGACAGUGUAGAGGAGGAAUGGAUAAGGGACUUGUUGGAUGCCGGAGUCCGCAAGUUGUGUGUGCCACUCAAGCUCCGUGUCCUCCAGACCAUCCGCGCCCAAGACGACAGCAUUGUAUGCUACAAGGUUGCGAAUCUACUGCAAUACUACGCCUUGACGAUACAACGCACGAUCGGGGAUCGAUCUGUCUUGUCGGAUACACUACGAGAGAUCACACAGGCCAGUUAUAAAGUGUUCUUCGAUACGAUUGAAGCACAGGGCAGAGCGAUACUCCGGAUACCGCUGGACCUCGACGACCCAUCGCUUGCGCCUCCCAAUUUCAUCAUGGACCAUGCACAGGUUCUCAGGGAAAUCAUGCAGGUUUAUGAUUCGUCUUUGCUUGAUGAGGGUGUGGAUCCAUCUCCAACGGGUGGGACUGAGAAGAUGGACGAUAAAGACGAAGGUGAUAGUGAAGACGAUAGUGAUGCUGGGAAUAAUGGGAACGACGGUGAUGCAAAUGCAAAUGCAACAAAGAGAUUCAAUCGGAUCCUGGAUAUUAUGGUCGACCCCGCUAUUGCCAUGUGUGCUGCUGCAUCUGAAGAAAAAGCCCGCCUACGUCCUCAAUGGGAUAGCGCUGUGUUCGUGCUAAAUUGUUUAUGUUAUUUGAAGAACGUACUAGAGCCUUUCUCAUUCACGCGGGUUAAGCAAGAAGAGAUCGAAAAGAUCACCCAGGACAGACUGUGUGCGUUGGAGGACGAUCAUUAUGAUCACAUUCUUCGAGAUGCUUCGCUUUGGGACGCUGUGCAUACCUUGGAAACGAAAGAUCCGGCGACACCACUAUCCCGCCUGCCCGCGACCGAACCCGCUACGCUUCAACUCUCGCUUUCCAAAUUCUCCCUGUGGCUCUCCACGCCAGAUACGGUCUCAUCCCCACGUCUUGCGCCUCUCUCGUCUGCCGCGAUCGCGGGUCGCGUGCACCGUGAAGCAUUGAGAAGACUCGUGCACGCGUAUGAAAAGUUGUGUGAGGAAGUGAAGAGUGGGAAGGCGAGGUACGAAGCGGGGAGUGUGUUGUUGGGGAGGGAGAGGCCGUUUGGACAGGUUGGGUUGUUGUUGCAGAUUUUUGGUUUGGAGGAGGAGGCUUAGCGAGCUCGGUCGUCGUGACGUCGAGUGCCCGCUCGCUGUGUGCAACAAUACACUCCCUGAGUGACCACUCACUCGGACAACCCCGUCUGUAUGUCACAGCUGUGCGGCACCCCGGUAUUAGCGUGAUCCUGAAGUCAUCACACAAAUGU